GUCGUCGUGUAUAUUCUCGCAAGUAAUCUCACUAUACCAGUUAUCUUAUCCAUUCGGAAUUAAAGCCUUACAACAGUUGAAGAUCGCACACAAAAUGGACGUGGGCUGGAUUGGCGUCCUCGCGCAAAUAAUUUUACUUCUUCUAAUUAUUAUUAUAAGUGCAGUUUACAUUUUCUUCCACAUACGCUAUGGGUAUUGGAAGAGACGUGGUGUACAUUAUGAGAAGCCAUUCUUGUUCUUCGGUAAUUUGAGAUAUGUGAUGAGGAAAAGUUUUUGGGAGAUGUUCAAUGAAUUGAGGAAGAAAAACAAAAGGGAUUAUUACGGAAUAUUCCUCGCCUGGCAGCCAACACUGGUUGUACAAACGCCGGAGUACGUCAGGAAGAUCCUUGUCAAAGACUACGAUCAUUUUGAAAAUAGACUCUGUUAUUCAUCGCUACAAUCAGAUCCAUUGGGCUCGUUGAAUUUGUUUACUCUAAAGGCUCCAUUAUGGUCGACGAUGAGACACGAACUGUCACCCAUGUUCACAUCGAAGCGGUUGAAGAUGCUCACAGACUUAAUGAACGUGAACGCGAAGGAACUCGUGUUAAAAAUAAAACGAGAAAAUGUUGAUAAGAACGAACCGGCCAACCUUAAGGAGUUGCUCUCAAUGUACACGUCAGAUACUGUGGGCUAUACCGUGUUUGGCAUCUACGUGAGCGCGCUGAACGACCCCUCCUCGCCGCUCUGGUACAUCACCAGGCACAUGGUGAAAUGGACAUUCUGGCGCGGCUUCGAGUUCACCAUGAUCUUUUUCAUUCCGUAUCUUGCUAAAGUAUUGAGAUUGACAUUCUUCUCAGACCCAGCGACGGACUAUGUGAAAAAACUAUUUUGGGAUACUGUCAAUGAACGCAAAGCUGCCGGCAAGCUGUCCGACAAGGACCUGGUUCACCACUUACUGCAAAUGAAGCAGAAUCUCAAAUUGCCCGCCGACGCUGAUUCAGAUUUGGCCGAAAACCUAAUGAUGGCUCAAGCAGCAGUAUUUAUAUUGGGUUCGAUAGAGACUUCUUCUACAACCAUCAGUUACUGCCUUCACGAGUUGGCUCACCACCCUGAAAUACAGGAAACACUGUACCAGGAAAUUGAUGAGGCCUUCAAAAGGGCCGGCAAGGAUGUUUUAAAUUAUGAUGAAUUAAUGGAACUGAAGUACCUGACAGCUUGUAUACAUGAAACACUGAGGAAAUAUCCUCCGACACCACACUUAGACCGAUGCUGUACCAAAGACUACCAACUCAACGACAACCUGCUCAUAGAAGCGGGUACGCCGGUGUUUGUAAACGUGAUAGGCAUCCACUACAAUGAGGAAUAUUACCCGGAGCCGGAGAAAUGGAACCCAGAGCGUAUGAUGAAUAUGUCGGACAACGACAAUCGGAAUUAUACGUUCAUACCUUUCGGAGAAGGUCCACAUUUCUGUAUCGGUAAGCGAUACGGUUUGAUGCAGAUUCGCGCAUGUUUAUCUCAGAUGGUUCACAAGUUCAAAUUCGCGCCAACACCCGAGGAGCCCUACGAAAUUAACCCCGACCCAUACAGCGUUUUGUUAGCGCCAAAAAGUGGAGGACGAGUCAAAUUUAUAUCGCGAUAGCGUCUGCGCGGCGUCUAAAACUUUACUUAUGUACAAUUUUACUGUCUAUAAGAACUUAUGGCUUAUGGUUAUUCUAUGUUAUUUUCUUCCUAAUGUUGAUUGUCUUAAAGUAGGUAUAAAAUCGUAUUUAUCUGUAUGCACGAUAAAAAUGUUUUUUGUCUUAUUUAGAGAGUACAUAUGAAAUCAGAUUUUACCGUUAAUCGCUGUUUAACAUUUAAAAAUACACGACAAAAUAAAAUUUUCUUGUUUCUUAUUGUAGCAACUUCAUAAAAAAAAUCUGCUUCGAAUGAAAAAAAAUAAUUAAUUGUGCUCACAUUAAUAAUGUAAGUAAUACAAUAGUAUUAAAUAAACGUCGUAUAAAUUGAUCACUUAAAUCACAUCUAUUAAACAGAUUAACUAAUCUUCGUACUUUAGUGCUCUCCUGUCCUUUGGGAUUGCGAACGGGAAUUAAUUAAAUUGGAAACAUGCUCUCCUUGUAACUGGGUCAACAUAAAUCAGUAUAGAAAGCAUUUUUACAGAUUCCUUUGUAUACUUUGAAACGUCGAAAUGUCACGGUUUUUGUACCAGGUAAUUAAAAAUCUACAGUUUUUUUUAUACGGGUACACAGUCACUCCGCUGCACCUGAUUAUAGCUGUAGUAGGGUGUGGAUAGAGUGUCGAGUGAUGAGAAAUUGUUGUAGAAUGUAACCUUUAUUGUGACUAUUAUUUUUUAAUGUGUUCCAUUUUUAUAGAUAUUUCAAUGUUGUUUUUUUUUUGUAUGCUUAGUUACUUACUCAGAAAUAAACACUCGUGUCAAUUACACCUUUUUUUUACUUAAUUUUAUAAAUAAUUCAGAACAUAUAUUAUUUACAACAGAAAAGAUUAACCCUAGCAAGUCAAUAGAAUUAUGCCGGCCUUUUUAAGCCAUACUUGGCAAUAAUUAAUGAGCGAUAUCUUGCAGAACCUCAUAAAGCCGAACACACGGCAAUUAGUAGCUCUGCAGAUAAAGAAGUGAGGAUUUUAGUAUUGAAUUAAAAUAAACGUUAAUUUUAAAUCACGAAAUGUAAUAUAAUAAAAUUUAGAAUUGAAGUGAUUAUGCCUUGAAACUUAAGCAUGGUAUCAUUGUAAAAGUUACACUAAAUUAAUAGUUGUAAAUUGAAGCAUUUGCGUUGAAAGUUGAAAAUUUUAGUUGUAUUCAGCUCAAGCAACUUGGGCAAGUUUAAGUUAAAAACUUAUUCUACAUUAUUAAUAUUUCGAAAACGAAUUAAAAUGCACGUCGAAUUAAUUUUAACAAUUACACAAGGAAAAUUCUAAAUUCAUAGCAAUAAACAGUUAAGCACUAAGUGUUA